CGACGAAGAACAGACCCACAGGCUGGUCACAAGGAAAAUAGAACGCAACAGAAACGGUUAAUAAUGAAUGCUUUCUGCUUUACACCGAUUUUCGAAGAGUUUUGGUGUCAUGACUAGAUUAAAUUAGCAGAGUGCACACCAUGCAAGCUCCGGAAAACGGUGCUGAGCUGUUUUUGCACUGCCUGGUUCCUCCUGUGAGGCUCCUUUCAGCAGCCAUAUGGCAUCUGAUCCAGCAAGAAGAUGUCCCAAACUAUGGCCUCCUGGAGGAGUUUGUGUCACUGGUCACUGACACCAUCCCAGAUUUGUUAAGUUACCGGCAAAAGGCUCAGCUGACCAUAGGUCUCAGAGCAAGGCUUGUUCUGGAGCUGUGCAGCAUGGAAAGGCCGGCUGAUCCUGACAUAGUUCAGGCCCAUUUGCAGCGCAUCCAGAAUCUCCUUUCGCUGAAUAAGGAACUGGAGUCAAGUGAUGCCUAUGUAGAAGAAUCUGGAACAAACUUUGUGGCUCUGGUGCAGAUUCUCAUAAAGGACCCAGCUGAGCGAAGCAUGUUCUUUAAGGAUGUCUUUCCUUCGCAAUAUGGUGCGAAGUUCAGUACGGCCUUGAAGAAGCUGAUGUGGCUGUUUCUCUCUAGACUAGAAGAUGCUCUCCCACAACCUACUCUGGAAGAGAUUGCCCACAUGCUCAGCACUGCACCUACCACCAUGGAGAAAUGUGUUCAGUCCAUCUCGCAAUCUCAACAGCUGAGAAACUUAUUUAAAUAUCAAAGAGCUGCCAGUGUAGAAAUUAAAGAAAAAGCACAGUUAUGGUCCACCACCCCUGAUGAUUGCAUACUCUCCUGUCUUGGUAGUCAUCGGUUAGUACAAAUAGUUAUUGAAGAACAGACCCACUUGGGUAGCCAGUCAGAGUCAGUACUAGACUACCCUCCCUCAUAUUGUCAAGAGGUACAGGUGGAAUCUGUAGUUAUUGCUCAGUACAUUGACGAUGACCUGGAGACCGGGUCAAAUAUAUGUGACGAGAAUGUUGAUGAAAUAGAAUGUUUUGAUGCUGGCGAGAACAAAGAGUAUGAGCUACACAGUCUUGAUAAGGUAGAUACUGAGAAUGUCACAGAAGUUGUAUUUGAGCAGGUAGAAUCUGGGGACUUGAGAGCUAUUGACUUUGUACUGGAUGAAAGUUCUGAAAAGCAAGAUGCCCUCAAAAGCGAAGUCAUUGUUGAGGAUAUAGAAUCUUGUAACAGUAGAAAAGAGACCACUGUUUGUCUGGAAAAUAGUGGAAUGCCUAAGGAUUGUGGGACGGACAAUAAAACUGACUGCGACAAAAUGGAGUUGACACAGGAAUGUGCUAGUUAUCAGUGUGGCCGCAUCUCAGGUUCUACCGUAGAAGCAAACACCAACUCAGAUGAUAUGCUGCUGGAAUCAAAAGAGCUAUCUGGAUUGGUUAGCUCCUGCUUGGUUAAACAACCCUGUGUCAAGCUAGACAGGCUUGACAUGACUGGUGAACCAUUUCCUCAGCCUGAACCACCCAAACGGGGUCGAGGUCGUCCAAGGAAAGAUACUCAAAAUAAAAAAACACUGUGCAAGGAAAAGGAGCAAGACACAACUGUGGCUGGUCCCUGUGCGUCACUUGACAAGCAUCCAGAAAUCCAAAAUGUUUCCAGUGUCUUCCAAAAGUUAAAGAAGACAUAUAUUGAGGUGAAGGGGUCCUCUGUGGUGUAUGCCUGCUCUCUGUGCAAUUUCCAAGACAGUGAGGACAAACAGCUGCACCACCACCUUAUUGUCCAUCAUCCAGAAGAAUAUAAACAGCUAUGUGAGGCUGAGGAAGAAAAGACUGUACACACGAGUGCAUCCCAUCAUUCUGAAAGCCAGAACAAGCCCCUCACUAAAAUUAGGUUAUACAGAGGAAUUCCAGUGUGCAAAACCUGUCCCAUAUGUGGGAAGACUUUCACUCGAAGCUCAGAUAUGAGAAGACAUCAGACAUCGCACACAGUGGCACGUCCAUUCACGUGCCUGUAUUGUGAGAAAACGUUUCGGUACUCCUUUGAUUUAAGACGACAUCAGCAGCAUGCAUGUACAAAUCAGGGUUAUGUGGUGUUGGACCAAAGCAAUGCAAAUGAAGUCAUAGAGAACAGUAGUGAAAUUAGUCCUAUUUCAAGUAAUGAAAACAAGCUUCCCUCUUCUCCUGUCAAGCAGCAGUCUACACGUAAACAAGAUACCAUAUUCUGUCGUGUGUGUAGAAUAACCCUACCAAACUCCAGCAGCCUGAAAAGUCAUGUGGAGACCCACUCGAAAGGGAUUCUCCAUACAUGCCCUUGUGGAAAGACCUACAAGUAUUUGGAAAACAUGAGGACGCACCAGCUUGUGUGUCCAGAGGCUGAUUUACACAAGCAUGAACAAAAUCAGUGUGACGAGGACAACACUUUCAAAGACAAUGAAGUAGUGAUUACUGAUUCAGGAGAAAACUAUCCUCAGGAUCUUCCCAACUUUGUCAAAUCCUCUGAGGAGCCUGACACUGAGGACCCAGAAGCUGCAAGAAAUCCAAGCCCUGGCCAAGGUGCUGUCUCUGAUUCAGGAAACCAGAUACUACAUGUUGUUGAAGAGAAGCCAAAUACUGAUGCACCAGAGCCAUCCUUCAGUUCAAGUUCAAGCUUGGUUGGCUCAGACAUGAGAAGGCACCUGAGAUCCCCUUCAGGGGCCUAUCCUCAUAAGUGCUUGCAAUGUGGUGACAGUUUUAAGUACUCUUACAAUCUGAAGAAGCAUGAGGAUGUUUGUGAAGGGAAAAAACAACCCAAAGGUGCAGGGCUGCUUUAUUCCAAAGAGCACAGUGGGUCUUCCAAUCUGGAGUCCAGUUGCAAGACCAUUGAGGCCACCAGUAGUCCUCUGGAUCCUUUGCUCAGCAAAACCCCAUCCAGUGAAAAUACGGAGGAAGAAGAUGAUCAAGAAUGGCAGGAAAACGAAGCAUCAUCUACAAAGGCCAUACCCUGUGGGUCAGUCUUCACCCGUGAAAAAUGUGACAAGAAAUGUAAAGACCUGCCUUCACUGAAAAAGCAUAAGAAAACUUGCGACAGCAAAGAGCAACGCUACAAGUGUGUGAAAUGUGGUUCCUUAUUCAGGACGUUGCUUGAGGUCAGGAAACAUGUGCAUGCUCACUGGGGAGAAGACCCCCUUCAGUGUUCCCAAUGUGGAAAAUACUUCCAAAACCCUAGUGAACUAUCAAAACACAAGGUAGUUCAUGAGAGAGAGCGUAGCUAUCCUUGCACUUUGUGCCUUGACACUUUUGGGCGACUUGACUAUCUGAGGCAGCACUACCAUGAAGUCCAUGAACUCAAGGGUCCAUACCAGUGUCCCCACUGUGAUAAAACUCAUGCAGACUUGGGUUCUAUGGUUGUACACAUUCGGACACAUAAUGAUGAACGGCCUUACCACUGCCCUCAUUGCUCAAAGAGAUUCAAACAUCGCAGUGGGCUGAACGUCCAUGAGAAACUUCAUUCAGGAGACAGACCGUUCCUUUGUGAGGAGUGUGGAAAGUGCUUCAGCAGUAACAUCCAGCUACAGAGGCAUUCUGUUUCCCAUAGAAACGAGAGACCCUACACAUGUUCUGAGUGCAAGAAGUGCUUUAAAUCGCAGCAUGCCCUCCGUGGACAUUUCCUGAAGCAUUCCAAGCCAGCGAACAUUCCUUGCAAACUCUGUGGGAAGGUGUUUUCGCAAGCAUCGGCACUGGACAGACACCAUCGCACCCACACAGGAGAGAGGCCAUACAGUUGCCCCAAAUGUGACAAAACGUUCCUGACCAGUGGGGAGGUGGGGAAGCAUUUGCGUUAUCACACCGGAGAACGGCCUUUUCAAUGUACACUUUGCUCCAAGAGCUUUACGCAGACGUGCUACUUGACCGCACACAUGAGGAUACACACAGGAGAGCGACCAUACGUAUGCGGUGUUUGUGAUAAAGGCUUUGUGUGCAACACUCACUUGAAAAGACAUAUGUUUGUACAUACAAAGGAGAAGCCAUUCAAAUGUGACUGUGGAAAGGCCUUUAAUCGAACAAACCUCUUGAGGAUACAUAAGAAAACUCAAUGUUUCUUAGAAAAGAAAUAAGAUUUCACAGACACUGGAUUUUCGCAUCUAUGAAUUAUAGCCUUUAAAACACCACAAAUUGUAGUGAUUUUGUUUGUAUUUAUUGUUGAUU